CGAGCAGCAUGGAGCAGCAUGGAAUUUUCCUCCAUCCAGGCUUGUGUGUGUGAUGAAUGUGUGGAUGCAUAAGAGUUCAGUUCCAGGAUUUCUGGAGGGCACCGAAAGGAAAGAAGCUAUCCAGAGCUUUCUCUGUGUACCUGCCUUCUAUGAGUAUUCCAUCUCAGAUUUUGAGCCACACUGAAGAUACAAAAUGCCUAAACGAAAAUGUGUCUUUACUGACAAACUGAAGCAGAAAUAUCCUCAUUUUCGUAAAGGUAGAGAUGACUAUGAAGCAGAAUGCUUGGUCUGCAAAGCUGGCACAUUUGUGUCAGUGGCACAUAAAGGUGCCAGUGACCUGGAGUAUCACAUGUCCUCUGAAAAGCACAAGAAAGCCCUCGGAGGAGACAGUUGGUCUGCAAAGCUGACUGAAUUUUUGGGGACUCCAGGCACAAAAGCCGAGGAUGCUCUUGCUGCAGCGGACAGCACGCUACCCUUGCACACCAUCCCAAGUUGCAACAGCUACAAAUCAGCAGGCCGCACCUCUGAGUUGUUCAGAAAAAUAUUUCCUGACGCAGAGAUAGUGCAAAAAUUUUCCAACACCCGGAGCAGGACAGAAGCUCUUGAGAACUCAGUCUUUGCCCAGCAUGCAGUGAGCAUUGACCUGGAAGAACACGGCAUCCCUUUCUGCGGGGUGGCCAUAGAUGACAGAAGCCAUAGGGCCGUGAAAAUGGUCCCGGUACUCAUCCAGUAUUACGACUACAGGAACGGCGGCUUGAAGACCAAACUCCUGGACCUUCAGGAAACGGCCACUGAGACGGAUGUUUCAGACUCUCUUGUCAAAGCUCUUAAGAAACACAGAUUGCUUCAGAAGUGCGUGGCGUUCGCGGGGGACAACUGCAACACCAUGUUUGGUGAACUUCGGCAAGGCGAGGAGGCGAGGACUGUGUUUGCCCAGCUGAAGAAAUCCCUCCAGAGGGAGACGUUGAUUGGGGUGUACUGCCCUGCCCACAUUUUGCACAACUGCAUCCACCACGGAACAGAUGCCCUCGAGGUGGACGUUGAGAACAUCAUCCUAAAGAUCUACCAGUACUUUCACAUCUACGCGGUGCGGACGGAAUCCCUGCAAGAAUACUGCGAGUUUGUGGAGGUGGAGUACAAGCGGCUGCUCUCCCACAGCAAGACUCGGUGGCUGUCCUUGUUCCCCGGCAUCACAAAGUUGCUCCAGAUGCACUCGGCCCUGAAGUCCUUCUUCUUGGGCCAGAGCAACCCGCCCGCCGUGCUCAAGAGCUUCUUUGAGCACGAGUUCAGCGAGCUCUACCUUUGGCACAUGCACUCGCUGAUGAACGCCUUCCAUUUGCACAUUGAAGAGAUGGAGCGGGAAAAUAACUCCCUCGCGGAAGUGAUGAAGACGCUGGACUCUGUGCACACCAUCCUGCUGGACCGAAGAGCCCAGAACUUCAUGUCCCUGACGGUGAAGGGGAUGCUUGCAGACAAGCGUAAGGAGGGGCUGGAGGAAGGAUGCGACGCCUUCUCUGAUGCG